CAUGCUAAGCAUGGGCUCUGCUUUUUCACAUGGCUUCUACGUUGCAAGGCCCUAAGUACCUAAGUCGUUUGGACCUGACUGCUCAAUAAAUGGAACCGUUGGGUAUUUCUUUUGGCCUCGGGCCCUGGGGAGAAAUUACCCCGACACAAGGGGUGCUGUGAACCAAGAAAGUUUGGGAACGUUUGAUUUGAGCCACAGAGACGGAAGAUAUUUGGGAGGCAGAGGGAUCUGUUGUAGGAUUUUACGUGGAGGGAAGACGGGAACAGACUUGCCUUCGCGGAGCCCUCUCCAGCAGCGGGUGGAGCACGAUCUGAAGGGCAGAGAUCCGAGACAGACCUGGCUAGGAGGCUGCUGUAGACCCAGUGGGAAGUGGCGACCGCUGCAUUUUGUGGUGGUAAAGGAAAUGAAAAGGGGGAUGACGUAGAUUUUUGAGAAAGUAGGUCAAAUCUUAUAAAACUUAGGAUCUAAUUGAAUGGGAGAGGGUUAGAAUUAAGAGAAGGGGAGAGUCGAGGAGAACUCUGAGAUUCCAGGCUGUGUGCGUGGGUGGAGGUGGGGUCAGCGAGCCCAUCUGGGGGGUGCGAAAGCAGGAGCAGGUUCUAGGAGGGGGAGGGGGACAGGCUGGGGACUGAGGUGCCCCAUGAGCAGUGGGGAGUGGGACUGGGUGAUGGACUCCCCAGGAGAACGUUGUCAGAUGUCAGGUAGAGCCCAAAUAAGAGGGAUUUGCAAGUGUUAGAUUGGGCCCCUGGAACUUGCCGCUGGCAGUUUUGAGCUUAUCCUGAGGGUAGGGCAGAGAGUGAGGUGAGAAAGGCUCCGAAGGUGAGAGGCGCCGGACCAGUGGCUUCCUGUCUGGCUCAGAGUCAGAACUACCUUGCAUGUGUUAAAAACACAAAUUCCCUGGCCCUACCUACAGAAUCCACUCCUUAGGGGAAGGACCUAGGAAUCAACAUUUUUAAAACUAUAGAUAACUUCCACACUGGUGGGAGUGUACAGCCGUACAGACAUUUCCGAGAACUGUUUGGCAGUUUCAUGUCAAGCCAAAUGCAAACAGUACGGCUCAGCCGUUCUGCUUCUAGGUAUUUCCCCAAGAGAAAUGAAAAUAUAGGUCCAAAGACUUGUACACAAACAUUCAUAGCAGCUUGUUCACAUUCUUCCAGCCAAAAACUAGAAAUAACCCAAACGUCUGCCAACAGAUAGAUAAACAAACUGUGGGAUAGCCAUAUAGCGGAGGCCUAGUCAGCAGUAAAAGAGAACAAACUGAUACAACAAUAUGAAUGAAUUUCAGAAGCAUGAUGCAGAGAGAAAGAAGCCAGACGCCAACGAGAACCUCCUGUAUGAAUUCUGUUUGUGAAAUUUUAGAACAAACAUAAGGAACGUAUCGGUGGUUGUCUGGAGUGGGGAACCUUGAAUCAACAGGUGUGUGAGAGAAUGUUUGGGGGUGAUGGAAAUGUCAUAUCUUGAUCAUGAGGGGAGCUAUGUGGAUGUGUCUGUUUUUCAAGACACACUGCACCCUUAAGGUAGAUGCAUUUAGGAGAGAACAGGGAGCAUGUGGAGAGGAGGGAGGGGGAGCCCAGAGAUUCAGUCUGUUUGUAGGCGGAAGGGAAAGAGUUAGCUGGAAGGGCAUGAAGUUCCUUGGAGACACAGUAUCAUCUGGGCUCUGGAUAUGUGAGUGUGAAGUAGCUGUGAACACGGAGGUGAAAGCAUGUCCUUUUACAGAGGUGUGAAGGGAAGGGAGGAGUUGGGCCAACGUGAAGGGUGAAGGCUAGAAAGUUUCGAGGUGCUGACCCUGCCCCCCCCCCCAGUUCCUCUGUGUCACAAGAAGGGCAUCAUGGGCGGAGAGUAGGGAGCCUUGAGGCAAGGAGUGGAGGUUGGAAAUACCAGGUGUGAGGAACAGAGAACAGAGGCCAACCAGGAAGUAGAUAAAUAUAUCUCCUGUGACGUGGGGCCCAGCUGCCCAUACAUGUUUAAUGGUGUCUCUACAAGUGAUGAGUGUUUUCUUCCACAGUGCUCCGAAGCCUGGGCGGAGGAAAGGGGACUGCAAGGUGGAUUCUGGGCUCAGGGUUGAUAGAGCGUGGCUGCUGGAUUACAGACGUGAUCAACGGUGGAUAUCCAGGACGUGAUCAACGAUCCAGUCCUGCAGGUUCCAACACAUGUUGAAGAGCCUGCCUUCCUCCCAGAUCCCAAUGAUGGCAGCCUGUAUACGCUCGGGGGCAAGAAUAAUGAAGGCCUGACGAAACUUCCCUUUACGAUCCCGGAGUUGGUGCAGGCAUCCCCAUGCCGAAGUUCAGAUGGAAUCCUCUACAUGGGUAAAAAGCAGGACAUUUGGUAUGUUAUUGACCUCCUAACCGGGGAGAAGCAGCAGACUUUGUCAUCGGCCUUUGCAGAUAGUCUGUGCCCAUCAACCUCUCUUCUGUAUCUUGGGCGAACAGAGUACACCAUAACCAUGUACGACACCAAGACCCGCGAGCUGCGGUGGAACGCCACCUACUUCGACUACGCGGCCACACUGCCCGAGGACGACGGGGACUACAAAAUGUCCCACUUCGUGUCCAAUGGCGAUGGGCUGGUGGUAACUGUGGAUAGUGAAUCUGGAGACGUCCUGUGGAUCCAGAACUAUGCUUCCCCCGUGGUGGCCUUCUACAUCUGGCAGCGGGAGGGCCUGCGGAAGGUGAUGCACAUCAACGUCGCUGUGGAGACCCUGCGCUACCUGACCUUCAUGUCCGGGGAGGUGGGGCGCAUCACCAAGUGGAAGUACCCAUUCCCCAAGGAGACGGAGGCCAAGAGCAAGCUGACGCCCACCCUGUACGUUGGGAAGUACUCCACCAGCCUCUACGCUUCCCCCUCAAUGGUACAUGAGGGGGUCGCUGUUGUGCCCCGAGGCAGCACCCUUCCUCUGCUGGAAGGCCCCCAGACUGACGGUGUCACCAUCGGGGACAAGGGGGAGUGUGUGAUCACGCCCAGCACGGACCUGAAGUUCGACCCCGGGUUCAAAGGGAAGAGCAAGCUCAACUACCUGAGGAACUACUGGCUGCUGAUAGGACACCAUGAAACCCCGCUGUCAGCGUCCACCAAGAUGCUGGAGAGAUUCCCCAACAACCUGCCCAGACACCGGGAGAAUGUGAUUCCUGCCGACUCCGAGAAAAAGAGCUUUGAAGAGGUUAUCGACCUGGUUGACCAGACUUCAGAAAAUGCCCCUACCACGGUUUCCCAGGAUGUGGAAGAGAAGUUCGCUCAUGCACCUGCCAAGCCCGAGGCCCCCGUGGACUCCAUGCUCAAGGACAUGGCCACCAUCAUCCUGAGCACUUUCCUGCUCAUCGGCUGGGUGGCCUUCAUCAUCACCUACCCCCUGAGCAUGCGUCAGCAGCGGCAGCUCCAGCACCAGCAGCUCCAGAAGGAACUGGAGAAAAUCCAGCUCCUGCAGCAGCAGCAGCUGCCCUUCCACCCACCUGGAGACGCGGCUCCAGACGUCGAGCUCCUGGACUUAUCCGGCCAGUACUCUGAGAGCUCGGGCACCAGCAGCCCCAACACAUCCCCCCGAGCCUCCAACCACUCGCUCCACUCCAGCGGCUCUACCUCCAAGGCUGGUACCGGCCCCUUCCUGGAGCAGGACGACGAGGAUGAGGAAACCAGCAUGGUGAUGGUUGGGAAAAUCUCAUUCUGUCCGAAGGAUGUCCUGGGCCACGGAGCUGAGGGCACAAUUGUGUACCGGGGCAUGUUUGACAACCGCGACGUGGCGGUCAAGAGGAUCCUCCCCGAGUGUUUCAGUUUUGCAGACCGUGAGGUCCAGCUGCUGCGAGAAUCUGACGAGCACCCGAACGUGAUCCGUUACUUCUGCACCGAGCGGGACCGGCAGUUCCAGUACAUCGCCAUUGAGCUGUGCGCGGCCACCCUGCAGGAGUACGUGGAGCAGAAGGACUUCUCCCACCUCGGCCUGGAGCCCAUCACCCUGCUGCAGCAGACCACGUCGGGCCUGGCGCACCUGCACUCCCUCAACAUCGUUCACAGAGACCUGAAGCCCCACAACAUCCUCCUCUCCAUGCCCAAUGCACACGGCAGGAUCAAGGCCAUGAUCUCCGACUUCGGCCUCUGCAAGAAGCUGGCAGUGGGCAGGCACAGCUUCAGCCGCCGUUCAGGGGUGCCCGGUACAGAAGGCUGGAUCGCCCCGGAGAUGCUGAGCGAAGACUGCAAGGAAAACCCCACCUACACGGUGGACAUCUUCUCUGCGGGCUGCGUCUUUUACUACGUGAUAUCUGAGGGCAGCCACCCCUUUGGCAAGUCCCUGCAGCGGCAGGCCAACAUCCUCCUGGGCGCCUACAGCCUCGACUGCCUGCAGCCCGAGAAGCACGAGGACGUCAUCGCCCGCGAACUGAUAGAGAAGAUGAUCGCAAAGGAUCCUCAGAAGCGCCCGUCUGCAAAGCACGUGCUGAAACACCCGUUCUUCUGGAGCCUCGAGAAGCAGCUCCAGUUCUUCCAGGACGUGAGUGACCGAAUAGAGAAGGAGUCCCUGGACGGCCCGAUAGUGAAGCAGCUGGAGCGGGGCGGGCGGGCCGUGGUGAAGAUGGACUGGAGGGAGAACAUCACUGUCCCCCUGCAGACAGAUCUGCGUAAAUUCAGAACGUAUAAAGGCGGCUCCGUCCGAGACCUCCUCCGGGCCAUGAGAAAUAAGAAGCACCACUACCGGGAGCUCCCCGAGGAGGUGCGGGAGACGCUGGGCUCCCUCCCCGACGACUUCGUGCGCUACUUCACCGCCCGCUUCCCCCACCUCCUCUUGCACACCUACCGGGCCAUGGAGCUGUGCUGCCACGAGAGACCCUUCCAGCCCUACUACUCCCUCGAGCGCCCGGAGUCCCGGCCCCCCAUGACUCCAGACGCCCUCUGAGCCGGGCGGCCUCCGUUCUGGUGGCCCCGGCUGUGACUGAGGGCCUGGUCUCCACGGGCCUCACUUAGCCUGACGCCUCCCAGCUUAGCAGGGAGACCAGGCUCCGAAGCCAAGUGCCUUGAGCUGGCCGCUCUGCAGCCGGCAAAGGAGGGUGCUGACCCAUGCUGACCUGCGAGGGACCUGGGAAGACGUUGGCCCUGAAAGCUUUACAAAGGCGUGGACGUCUGCAAAGGAGGGCCGGUCCCAGAAGCAGCAAGAGGAGCACCCUCAGCCUUCUCCGGGAUAAACUUGCUUCACAACUUGCGUUUCUUUUUAAAAUUCCUGUUUGAUGUCAACCUAUGGGCCUUCAAGGAAGAGAUGAGGGUAUCCUCAGUGUUGCCUGCGUGCUGGGACCAGGAGCAUCUCUCUUGGACCAGCUAGGCCGAGAUGCACCAAAUGCAGCCUCUGCUAGAAGCAGGGCUCGAGAGGUGAGGGUGCCUGGGAGGAAGGAGAAGGAUGUUCACAGGGUGUUGUCCCCGGAUUCGGAGAUGCCUCACCGAUCACAGAUGCGCCCACAGUUUAUGAGGUCACUGUAACCAGUGUUUCCUCGGGAGCAGGGAGAGGCUUGAACAUGGGGGGGCAUGAUGUCAGGAUAGGUCAGCACUGCGCGCUGGAAGGUGAGGCCGAGCCUGCGGAUCUCUCCGAAUCGAAGAGGGCUCUCUGUCCUGAGGCAGCUGUGGCCUAGCACACAGGUGUCCUGAAUGGUGGCCUUUGGUAGAUUCAUGUGCUGGGCCACCUGGGGAUGUUUAGGAGCAUUUGGGGGCAAGAGGUAGUAAGUCCCCUGGCCACCAAGGAGAGCAGCUCAGAACCAGGCAGGUACAGGCCUUAGGACUGGAGAGGAGCAGGCCAAAGGGACAUUCGGCCACCCAGGGAGAGCCCUGGUCAGCAGGUAAGCUUUGAGGCUGCUCUGUCCCUGGGGCCAGCAGGACAGGCCAGGGGGUUGAGAGCCGAGGCCAGGGUCACCACAUGCUUCGUGGACAGGCUUCUAUGUUUCUCUCAGCAGAUUUUAAUGACUUUAUAUUUUGAUCAUAGUGUAGAAUGCUACAUAAGCGUGAGAUCAACUUCACUUGAAGCUUACUCAUGAGGAAGUAAUGCAAGAAAUAUGACAUAUCUUCUAUUUUAUGUGGUACCCACAGACCCGUUCCCCUCCAGAAAGAGUGUUCAUACGCAGAACAUUCUCUGAUGCUGAAGAGUUAAAUGUUAUAGCAACACUAUAUGCAUGUGUGAAAUAACUUCAAAGUAAUAUUUCUAAAUUAUGUCAAUACCAUGGGGUUUUUCCCCCUAAAAUUAAUAUAAUUUUUAACUUCAGUUUCAGUCAAAAAUUUCUGUCUUCUCUACCGAGAGCCUUAGAAGUUAAAUGCAAUCAGGGUACCAGUAAGGAAACAUUUUCCGUAUACUUUCUGCAGCCAGGGGAAUGGAUCAUUGCAGUUCUGUCCUGGUGAACUGAGACUCCACUCAGCUACUGUCGAGGUUUGCUGACUGACAGAGAAAUCACUGUUUCUUCUUCUUGUGAGAUGUUUCUGCUGGUGUAUUUGAAUGAAGGCUGUUCCUCAAAAACGCUCAUUCUGCCUUCAGAGAACUCAGUUCCCUUCCUUUCCUAAUACCUAACGUCACUCUUUCUUCUCCUUUAAUGUUAUCCUACAUCUUUAAACCGCAUCAGUUACCUCUCUUAGACCUUGGACCCCGGCAUCCUCUGUGGGUCCUGUGGUGUCUUGUGCACACCGUCCGUUUUCCAGGAACACAGCCAGCCGGUCUUCCUCUCCCCGCUCUGACUCCCCGAGCCAGCGCCUGCCCCUCCCCGCUGUCCUCCAUCCUGCUCUGCAGGUCUCUCAGCUGCCCGCUGGCUAGAGGCUGAGCCAGUCCAAGCUGAGUGACUUAAAGGAACACGCCAGCUCUCCACGAGGUUGGGGGGCAGCUGCCUUGCCUUCUCCCUGCUGCUGAAUGUUGUCUCUCGGGGGGAGCCAGGUCAUUCCCCGCAGCCCAGGAUUUGUGUCAGCUCCCUGUUUUGGCCCAGCUCGUCUCCAGAACAACUUUUUAAAAAAAUGCCUUUUCUGCUUAUCACACUAGUUUUUAAGCAUGCAACUUUCUCAAACUCAUUUAUACAGAGUAUUUCCUUUGAGCGCUCACUGUGUCAGCUGGGCAGGACGCAGGUGAACAGAACAGGCAAAAGCUCUGUUUCAUAAGAGCCGAUGAGACAGAGAGAGAGAGAGAGAGAGAGAGAGAAAGAGCAGUGAGUAAAUGUCAGCGCCGCCAAGAAAACUCGGGAGUGGGGGGAGGAGGAGGAAGGGCGUGCCCUGGGGGUUUGCACCCAUCACAUCUGGCCAGGUUGCCUUCUGUCCUUUUUCCCUCUGUCACCGAUAGGAACCCUGUCCCCUGCCUUUAGGUGGUGUGAAGAGUUCUCAUGUGGGCACUUGUCAUGGGAACACCUUGGGCAGCAUGUGGCGUAUCCUGUUCUGGUUUCUAGAAUUCUGGUUUCCUGUUGUGCUUGGUGCAGGGGGAAGGUAUCUUUGUUUUGCUAGAAGAGGGUUCUGCUGCCUGCUGCGUCCUGUCACAGCUGAACUGUUUGAUCUUUAGUAAGGUUCCUGGAAAGCUGUUUGACUUCUUAGAGGUACACCAUCGUAUUUUUUAAGACAGAUUUUAGUCGCAUCUGUUAGGAAUCCCAGGGACGCCGUAAUUUGUUUAAAUCUCGCGUGGAGCCUUGUAUUGACUCUGCCUUUGGCGCACCUGCCAGAAUUCUCUUGUUGCUUCUUGAGUCCUUUUAACUUCAGUUUUCGAACAGCUCGACGGGUCACUAGGCACCAGAGCGUUUGCACUUUUGGGAAUCGUUGCUGUUAUUUGAUAAGUCACUAAACUACCUGGAGGCUGAGGUAUAAGAUCCUGGGUGCAAAGGUCCUCUCCCACCUCCCCGUCACUCACUCAGUUCCUUGUCCUCAUAGGUUCUUCCCAGGGAGAUGUCACUCCGACCCAUUACAUGUGUCAUAGUGGAAGAUCCCCAGGUUAGUGGGUCCAGCAAAGUACUUCCCUUCCACCAAGUCUAGAAGGGUCCUUAGCAGAGUUCACCCUGAUCCUGUGGGUGAGGUUUUGUGUGAAUGCAAUUCGUUUGUCACUGAGAUCUUCCUCACUCAUUCAAGAGAUGAGCUGGUGGCUGAUCUGACCGCUCCCGCCGAUGUGGUUGUAGGGCCUUCUCCUCUUGGCCACUUUCGUCUCAGCAUUUGGACUCUGACCAAGCCUGGGUUUCCCGGGGCUGUUCUCAUCCUGCAUCUCUGUUCAUCGGACCCUCAGCCUUGAGGGCCUCCAGGAAGGUGGGCUGGUUCCACUUCCGCAGCCUUCUCAGGCUGGAAGGCAGACCUCAGUACAUCUGUAAAGAACCUCUUCAAAUUCUCUUCAGCAUUCUCUCUGCUCAUGCAGUUUCUGAAACCCCUCUUCUUCCUAUUCCGCAAUGUUUCUUUUCCUUGGCCACCCUUCACCGUCCUGAGCAGUCGUUUCAGCUGACCGUGGCCUGGCGCAUCGACCUUGCGUGGAAGGAAGUCACCAGGUGUCCUGUCCAGAUGAGCCAGAAUCCCAACUGCCAGGGCUGGACCUUAUCUUUUAAACCACAGGGUCUACUCUUCCUAUACUUGGUUUUCUUUCUGAAACAGUGAUUUCCCAUGAGUAACUGCUUCUGAUUUUUGUGUCGGCACUUUAAUCCUCUCUGUAUUCAUUGGAAAACCACAGACAGCAUGUGCGAUGAGCCGCCCCCUGGAGCAGCCUUAACGGACACUUCCAGCCAAAGUCCCCACCCCGCUCGCCUCACCCGGGCUGUGUGUCUGGCAGGUACAGUAUUCCUUUUCAGUAACCCAAAAGCUGUGACGCGGCAGUCCCCACCUACCUAGAAAGCAUUACCAGUCAACUCCGCAGCACUCUCAGAUGCAGACCUUAUGUAGUGUUCCUUUUGCAAUCACCUAUUUAUUUAACCUAUUUAUAUUUAUUUAAUUUUUACUCUGAAUUGUAUCCAGUGACAAUUGCACUUGCUUAAAGCACAUCAGAUUUGUUUUGGACAACACCCCUGACCAUUUUAAAACUGGAAAAGGAAAAAUUAUACUGUAUCCUUCCAUGGGAUGGACGCCUUACAGUAGUUUUGUCAUUGAAGGGUGAAUAAUUUGGUCAGGGUAAAAAUACUAAUUUUUGAGUGAUUUUUAAAAAAAAUUCUGUGCCAUUGUGUCUUCUCUGUGAACGGUUAAUUGUUUAAUGGAUAUGUGUUAAUUGUGUGAUACAAUCCUCUUUGUGGAACCUAAAACCCUCUUUUUAGCUUUAUAUUUUAUAAACUGCCAGAUUGUACAAUUUUAUGUAUUUUUAAAGCUUGAUGAUGUGAGGGUAAUUAUCUAAGUUAAACGGCCUAUUUUUGUACCUCUUGUACAGUUUUAUAAUUCUGUUGAUUGAUGAAGGCAUCUUCUGUUGAGCCAACCACAAAUAAAGGUAGUUUUAGAUUUGGAA